AUGAAAGUCCCUAAAGUAAGUGCACUUUUUUUGGUUUUUCUCCUUUCCGUUUCUUUUUUACCAUCAUCUUCAUUAUGUGAUCCAAACGCCGCCAAUACUAAAAUUCCUAAUAUUCCUAACCCAACUGCUAAUGCUCAAUCACCAACCGUAAGUGGUAACUCAAUUGAACAAACCGCAGAAGAACCAAAUGCAGCUACAAAAGUUAACAAUGUACCAGUUCCAGAAAAAAAAAAUGAUGCACCAGUUGAAAAUAAGGAUAUAGAAAAAGUUAAUGACCAAAUAAAUGCAAAAAGCAAAACAAAACCAUUGUUAAUUUCAGCAAUAUCAGCUGUUGUAGCAAUAGCAAUUGCAAGUGCAUUAGGUUAUGGUAUAUAUACAAAGAAAAACUCAAAUACCCCAAAUGAAGAUGAACCAUCUAUUCCAUCUACUGAUGAUGAUACAGGUGUUUCUGAAGAAUCUAACGAACAACCCAUACCUGAAGAAUUACCAAUUCCUGAAACCACCGAAAAUACUGAAACCCCACAAUAA